CCUUUUAUAAACCCAUCACCUUCUUCUCACUUCCCCUGUUUUCUUUCUCUUUUAGCUAAGUGUUCUUACUUUAAUUUCUUCUUCUUCUUCAAUUUCCAUCAAUGGCCAAAGAACCAGUUCGUGUUCUCGUCACUGGAGCUGCUGGGCAAAUUGGAUAUGCACUUGUGCCAAUGAUUGCUAGAGGAAUGAUGCUCGGACCUGACCAGCCAGUGAUACUCCAUAUGCUUGAUAUUCCACCUGCACUUGACUCCUUAAAUGGGGUCAAAAUGGAGUUAGUUGAUGCUGCUUUUCCACUUCUUAAAGGCAUUGUUGCUACAACUGAUGUUGUUGAGGCGUGCACCGGAGUAAGUAUUGCAGUCAUGGUUGGUGGUUUCCCUAGAAAAGAAGGAAUGGAGAGGAAAGAUGUCAUGGCUAAAAAUCUUGCAAUUUAUAAGUCUCAGGCUUCUGCUUUAGAGAAGCACGCAGCCUCUGAUUGCAAGGUUCUGGUUGUUGCUAAUCCUGUAAAUACUAAUGCGUUGAUUCUAAAGGAAUUCGCCCCAUCAAUGUCCGAAAAAAACAUUAGUUGCCUAGCUAGGCUAGAUCAAAACAGGGCACUUGGCCAAAUCUCAGAGAGAUUGAACGUUCCAGUCUCUGAUGUUAAGAAUGUGAUCAUUUGGGGGAAUCAUUCGUCGACUCAGUACCCUGAUGUUAACUACGCUACUGUCAAAACUCCGUCCGGGGAGAAAUCUGUACGAGAGCUUGUUAAUGACGAUGAAUGGUUGCGUAAAGAGUUCAUCGCUGAAGUCCAGCAGCGCGGUGCUGCAAUCAUCAAGGCUCGAAAGCUUUCAAGUGCACUGUCGGCUGCUAGUGCUUCUUGUGAUCACAUUCGUGAUUGGGUUCUUGGAACUCCUGAGGGCACUUGGGUCUCCAUGGGGGUCUACUCUGACGGCUCAUAUGGUAUACCAGCCGGGCUGAUUUAUGCUUUCCCCGUCACCUGCAAAAAUGGAGAGUGGACAAUUGUUCCGGGACUUGACAUUGAUGACUUUUCGAGAAAGAAGUUGGAUUUGUCCGCAGAAGAACUUUCCGACGAGAGGGCUCUUGCUCACUCAUGUCUCUCGUAAAUGCCGGGACUUAAUUUCCAAGGCUAGCAUUAAUAACAAGUCUUUUGUGCCAGGCAUUCUUGAAUAAGGCAGUUGUUUACUUAGUAAUGAACCAUUGUCAAUUGAGAAACUAUGUUUUGAAUACUCUGCUAUGCUUUUCAGAUCAUUUUAGAAUAUCUGAUAUUCUUCGGUCAAUAAUACUGAUGUGGUUUUUCUUUUU